CGGUAACGAUUCCAGCGGAGUUACAAGUGCAAGUGCAGCAGCGUCGUGAAGCCUUUAGGGUUUAGGGUUUAAGUCGGAUUGGUUACUACUCGCUGAGCCGUGAGAGCUAUGAGGAAUUUGUGCAUCUUAGAUCCAUCAUCUCAAUUUCCAGGGAGCUAUAGUCAACUUCAAAUCGCUCAGCCAUUCGUAGCAUAUUCGGGCGCACAACUUUUGUUGUUCGUUGUCGGUCGUUUGUAGUUUAUUUUCGAAUGCCUGGAGUGUCUGUCAAUUCGAAAACCAUGUCGUCAGGGGGGAAGCGCAAGCGCAAACAGAAAGGAGUUCCUGGUGUUGCCGCAUUACCGCCGGAAGUCAAUGAAGAGGACUUGUACGUUUCCGAUGAAGAUUUGCAGUUUAUUAAGAAUCACGCGCUGUAUGCUGGGUUCAUGGCUAACUUGGACACAGCCACUAUAAAUAAAGCUUUUGAGGGGCCUAAAAAGCCACCGAAGAAGGCUGACAAACCGAGAGAAGACAUUGAAAGCCGGUAUGAGGAAAGGGCGGAACGCAAUGCAGCAAGGCUUGAUGAGAAGGAGGAUGCUAUGGACGUCGAAGAGAUGGACGCAUUGCCGGUGAAGUCGCUAACGGGCGAGCUUCGCUAUCUCUCUGCACCCAAGAAAGCCUCUGAUGGAAAUGCUCUGCUGGAGGAGCGUAAACAAAAAGCAAAUGGUACAAUCAAAGAAAAACCAAGUGAGAGUCAUGUAGAUGCUCCUGCAAAAGAAGCACUUCCAGUAGAGAAGCAAGAGAAAAUUAAACUUACUAAGCAAGAACGCAAGAAACUAAAGAAGGAAGAAAGAAAGAAGGAAAAAGAUGCGGAAAAAGCAGAAAGAGCUGAGCGAGCGGACGCCAGCAAAGAGGAGCCUGUGGAGGUAAAUUACAUAUCGGUGCAACAAAGACGGAUAGAACUCAAGUCGCACAUGGCUGAGUUGGGCAUGGGGCUGCUUGCAAAUCCUGAAACCAAUAUAGGAUCCUUGAAGGAACUUCAGGAAAUGUGUGAAGAUCGUGAUGACAGAGUUGCCAGUUUGGCACUCCUAUCUUCAAUGGCUGUUUUCAAAGAUAUUCUACCUGGGUAUCGCAUAAGGUUGCCCACAGAGAAGGAAUUGGAGGUGGUUGUGUCCAAGGAUGUCCGCAAGUUACGAGAUUUCGAAACUGCUCUUCUGAAGCAUUACCAGAAAUACGUUCAAACUUUGAUACGAGCAGCAAAGUCACCAGCACGGCGCAUUACGUCUCUCAAGUGUAUGUGCGCACUUCUAGAAGCCGCGCCCCAUUUUAAUUAUCGUGACAGCAUGCUUAAGGCUGUGGUUCCGCGCACGAUGUCUUUCGAUGACGAUAUCAGUCGAUUGGCUUGUGAUGCUGUGAGGUCCCUGUUUAAAAACGAGGCCAAGCAUGGAGGAGAAGCCACUGUGGAAGCUGUUCAGUUGAUUGCUGAGCUUGUGAAAUCGCGCCGCUAUCGAGUACGCCCAUGUGUUGUAGAGGUAUUCAUGGAUCUAUCUUUCGAUGAUAACAUAGAAAAGUCAAGCACUACUACGAAGAUGGCCGAGAAAGCCAAUGUUAAGAAGUCGAAGCGCGAACAGAAAAAAGACAAAAAAGAAAAAAAACGAGAACUUGCCAAGCAGUUGAGAAAGGAGGUGAAAGAUGAUUUUAAAGAAGCGUCAAGUGCACCCGAUGUUAUACUGCGCAAGAAGCUCCAAACGCAGACCUUGGCUGCCAUGUUUGAAACAUAUUUCGGCGUUCUAAAAUCUAGCUUGGAGCCCCCUGAUGAUAAGAUACUUGCUGCAGUUUCACGAGAGAUUGAUGAGGGUCACGAAUCGCUUGGCUUGCGACCACUCCUGGGUCCUUCUCUCGAUGGCCUUGGCAAAUUCUCAUAUUUGAUAAACGUUGAUUUCAUGGCUGAUCUCCUGAGUACCCUUGGUGUAGCGGCAGCUGGAGGCAAGAAUGCCGAGACAAGGCCUGCUGAGGAUCUGCUUUCAGUUGGUGAACGGUUGCAGUGUUGUAUGGUGGCAUUCAAGAUUGUUCGCAGCAACUUGGACGCUCUGACAAUCGAUUUGAGAGAGUUUUACGUUCAGCUUUAUAAUCUUCUCUUUGAAUUCAACUCUGUUAGACAGGAUAUGAAGUACUCGAAGGUAUUCGCUGAAGCCCUUCAAGUGAUGCUUUGGGACAGUCGGCAACAUGACAUGCAACGUGCAGCUGGUUUUUUGAAGCGGCUUGCCACGCUUGCACUUCACCUUGCACCUGCUGAGGCUAUGUCUGCGCUUGUCACCGUUCAAUACUUACUUCAACGGUACAAGAAAUGUCGAAACCUACUUGAUAAUGAUGGAGGUGGCGGAGCUGUUGGCGGGAAUUUGGCGAACUAUGAACCAGAUGGGGAUGAUCCAGACGUCAGUGGUGCUCUAUCAUCUGUGUUGUGGGAUGUGACUCUUCUGCGGAAGCAUACGCACCCUGGAGUGGCAAAGAUUGCAACAGAGAUUUCAAGUAUGUCGGCGAUGACGGAUACUACCUCUAUUGUGUCUUUGUCUCCAUCAGAUGUCAUCGAUAUAUAUUCAACCAGGGAGGGUGGUUUCAGACCUCCAGUGCAGCCUCCUCCGAAGUUGGCAAAGAGGAAAGCAUUCAAGAAUGUAGGACCCAUCUCAGUAUCAUCAUUUGACGAUCUAGCUAUGCCUGGUGGACGUAUCGAUUUAGAGGAGGCUAAAAUCAGCGUAAUUUCUGAGCCGGAAUCAGUGGAAAUUCGUAAACGUCUAGCGAAAGAUUUUCGAACUUUGAGAAACUUUAGGGAGAACGAACUGUUGAGAAAAGAGCAUAGCAGAGUUACUGCUCGUAUUGAGCUGCUUAAUACAUACUUAGCGAGGAAGGCAAUCAAGUUGAAGAAGACGGAUAAGGGGAUCAAGGCAGAAACCACAAAGAGGAGUAACGCGAGGAAGACAAGUAAACCAAGUAAACUCGAGAAAUCUCUGAAGCCAGUUCCUGUAAUAUCCAAGAAGUCUAAGACCAAGAAAUAGUCCCGAUGUCUAUUUUUAUUUUUAUUUUAAUAUUAAUGACCUCACCUUCGUAGAGAUUUAAGCAUAGUUGACAUUCAGUGCAGCGCACCUUUUUUAGAAUCUUACAAAAUUCGCCGUAGUUCUUGAUAAUUUUUCUCAUGAAAAGAUUCAUGUGAUGCGGUACUCAACGCACUUGUGACCUUGUAACAGCAGGCUAAACGAUUCAAUAGGGCUGCUUGUGCAGCUUAUUUUGCCUAU